AUGUUGCUCAGGCCACUUGCGCUUGCGGCUAUCGCGGCGGCGUUUAUCAUUGUUCCAGAGAUGUCUGAGAACGAUGAAAAUAUAUUCAAGGCGCUUCCAAUCCAGAGUCACGGCAGCGCAUUCCCCUUUGGUACCCCGAAGUCGGCAUUUGACCAAAGCAUAUCAGUUCCUUGUCGCGGUUGCAGGGGUAGACACACUCAGCUACGCCUAGACUUUACGAUCGAGGAUGAAAAGAAACUAUUGCUCAACGGGUUCGAGCUAUACCCGGAAACCGACCCUUGGGGCGCCGACUUACAGGCUACCGUUGUCAACGGCCACAGGAGGCCAAGGAGCAAGAAGCUUGGCUACAGCCUCGCUGUAUACCCCAAGGCAAUCGCAGAAGAGGAUAAAAUGGAGUUAAUCGAAGUCGACCUGAAAAUCAUCGAAGUUGGCACUCGAUUUGUCGACGGUGUACCCACUGUCAAGGUUGAGCUCAUCAAGACUCCAGGUGGAAACCUCGCCAUGUCCACUGUGGCCUUCGAUCACCCAGUCGAAUCACCGUGCGACACUAUCUGGUGCCGCGCAAAGGAACUGGCAGACAAGCUGUGGGUACAGGCACACCGAAUCAAGAACUGUGGCAAGGCAGCUGUUCCAGAGCCGGGCUCUGAGGCUGAACCUAUGCCGCCGUCGUAUUCCGACUUGCAUGAUGCGGGGGAUAUCAAGGUAACGGAGCCUACCAUUACCUCCAAGAAGGAAUGGCGUCAUCUUAUGAAGAGCGUCCUUGGACAUAUCAUUAUGCCCAUUUUUAUGGGAGUCACGGCCGGGGUCGCUAUCGCGUUUCUCGCGCUUUGCAUUCAAAGCAUAGCUGGGCGCUUUAUCAGUUUUGUCCGCGGCAAGCGUCGUAGCGACAGGCGCGACGAAUCUCACAAAGCGACGUACAAUGAGCAGGCCACCUCGGAGGAAAAGGUACAGCUGAUGGCAUAG